ACAUCUCGGUUCCACAAUUCACUUUCGAAGACUAACGCCUCGAAGCUCAAACGAAUUUAAAAAUGAAAGUUUUCGCUAUACUCGUGGUCAUGAUGGUUCUUGGUGCUUCGGUGAUGGAAGCCAAACAUCUCAUCGCUAAGAAGUUCGCCAAGAAGCUCGCAGUCCCCGUGCUGGCAGGAGGAGCCGCUGGAGCCGCCCUCGGAGUCGGGGCCGGAGCUCUCUUCGCCUCCCACCACGGGGGACACAAUUACGGUCACGCGUACGGAGGUCACGGAGGAUGGCAACCACAUGGUGCUGCCUACGGAGGCUACGGCCACGGAUGGUAACGACCGCUCGUAAGCUCGAGCAGCCCUUGUGAUAUUCAUAUCUGUAUGUAAUUUUGUGCCCUUCGGGUCCAUUGUGUUGGAUUGGAGCGUUGUCCCCGUUGUGUUCCGUCUUGCUUCCAUGUGGAUCUUCCGGAGUCCUGUGUCAUGUUCAUUCGCAUACGGCAGACCUGUAAAUAUACGUGUGAUUCCUGUGCUCGUCCCAUUGUGUCCUGGAGGAGAGACACGGCCUGAGAUCUCUAUCCGGGAAUAAAAAGUCC